GCACUGGAAUUCAUCUGCAGGGGCCGAGCCUUCGACUGCAUGCGCAUGCGCUGGUCGCAUCAACCAUCACACCGCGCAGACUCACGAACCACGGGCUCUCCAUCUUGACUUCUUUCGCUGUUUGCUUCCUCCUCCUCCUCUUCUUCUUCUCUUAUUGUUUCUCUUUUAAUCCCCCCCAAUUCUCAAAGAUCUGGUUCAACAAUGGCUACCCAACCACCACCAGCGCGCCCCCCUCCGCCACUCACCUCCUCCCCAUACCCCUACGCCGCCGCGCCCGACAUCAUCCGCGCCCACCAGAAGGACGCCUACUUCCAGGGCGUCCUCGCCAACCGGCUCAGCGACCUCCACCGCCGCCUGCGCGGCGCCCGCUCGGCCCACGCCUGGGCAGCCGAGACCCGCACCUUCGCCGCCGCCCUCUACCUCUGCCUGACCACCCUCCUCGGCAACCGCACCCUGGGCGAGGAAUACUGCGACCUGGUCCAAGUCGAGGAGGCCCCGUCCAAGCUUUUCGCCUCCUCUUCGUCCAAAGCCGCCGACGAUCACAUCUAUGAGAACGGUCUCGGCGGCGGCGGCGACGGCGGCCCGCUCCUCCCCUCCCUGCCGCGGCGCGCGGGGUACAUACUGACGGCCAUCGUGCUCCCGCACCUGGCGUCGCGCGCCCUGCCGAGCGUGCGCUCGGCGAUCCGCAAGCGCCUGCAGUCCCGCCUCGCGACGCUCUCCCGGCGCCGGCAGCAGACGGGGACGAAGUCCGGCAGCGGCAGGGGGGGCAGGGGCGGCGGCGGCGGCAUCACCGAGUACCGCGUGCUGCGCUACCUGCUCACGCACCUGACCCCGCUGACGAGCGGCGCGCACUUCCGCGCCGCCACCCUGGCCGUCUUCUACUUCACCGGCGCCUACUACGAGCUGUCCAAGUGGGUCUGGGGCCUGCGCUACGUCUUCACCACGCGCGCCGGCAGGGUGGUCGACGACGACCACAACCGCCACCACCACUCCCCGCAACACGGCGGCGGCAACGGAGGGAGGGCGGGGUACGAGGUGCUCGGGGUGCUACUGGUCGUGCAGAUGGCCGUGAGGGCGUGGCUGCACGUUCGGGAGCAGCUGUCUUCCGGUUCGGUGGCAGGAGGAGGAGGAGAAGAAGAAGAAGACGGGGAGGACGGCUUCAGGGAGAGGACGGCGUUCGGGCCCGGCACGAACGUCGACGUUUCGUUGGACGAGCACGCGUUUACGAGUAACAAUGAACUGCUGGGCGGCGGCGGCGGCGGCGGCGGGAGUUCGUCGCAGAGGAGUUUGGGUGAGAUCGGGGCCAUGGCGCAUACGCCUGUGCUCAAGGCCGGCCGGGCGAGGUACGACCUGGGGACGAGCGACAAGGUCAUGGGGUGGAUCAAGGGGGCCCAGCAGAGGAAGUGCACGCUGUGUUUGGAGGAGUUGAAGGAUCCGGCCGCAACACAGUGUGGCCAUGUGUUCUGCUGGGCAUGUAUCGGGGACUGGGUGAGAGAGAAGCCCGAGUGCCCAUUGUGCAGGAGAGAAGCGAUGGUACAGCAUAUCUUGCCUUUGCGGGCUGCAUAGAACGGGCCUGCUGCAGUAUUGUGUAGACUGUAUGGAAUGUGGAAUCGCUUGUUGCAUGAACAAUCGCUUCAUUGUCGAUAUAUCAUGGCUGGGAAGCAGCUCCGACCACAU